AUGUCACCAGUUUCUCAUCCAAAACAGCGUGAGGCCAAAUCUGUCAUGUCGCGCGGGGUGUGUGAUAAGGAAGAGACCUUGUACCUUAAGUGGAGUCUGGUGCUGAGCCCAAGCGAGCUUCUAAAAGAGCUUGUUGGCGACAGCGAGCAUGCUCGAGCCCUCUUUCAUGGAAUGAGGCGCCAGGUCCGGUCCAUCCGCCGCCGCUCGCAGUCCUAUGAUGAUGGACAGGUCACAAUCUACGACCGUGUUCUCCUUCGUCUCUAUGACGAGGGACACACUAUGAAACACUACGGCCUGCUUGGAUUUUACCUGACCGAGCAUCUGGGGACUAAGAACUGCAAAUCGGAGGAGGAGAAAAACACUCUAGUUGCUGCCCACUUAGCUGCCCAGCGCAUCCUGGACAAUGGCCCUAUUUCCGAAAUCCCUGUCAUUGCAGCCGAUAACGUGGAAGGAAUCACCAAGGACGCCAGGACCAGCAAGUCGCCACAGAGCUCUGGCACAUCCAACUCACACCAUAUCGACAAGCUCAUCCAGGUGUACCAGAAGGCCAAGGCUGACUACUACAUCCUUGAAGUCACCGAGAGCCACCGCGAGCGAACCAACAGCGUUCGAUUCCUCCGUGACACGGCCGAAAACCUCCUGCGAUACCUGAAGUCAGUCAACCAAGGCCACGAUCUGAUCCCCGAGAUCGAGGGUAUCAUUCGGGUCAGCCAAGCUCAUGCAAACGAACUUGCCGGCGGCCGCAAGCGCAAGUUUGAGCACGUAGACAACGACUCCAGGGGCAGCCCAAGCCUCAGCCCCUACCGACCCUACGGAUUCCACAGAGACCAGCGCAGAGGACACAAACGUCGUGACCGAUAUGUCCCUGACAGUGUCACAUGGGAAUACAGCCAUGUUGACCGGCGAGCUGGACGAGAUAGCCGUGCCCUUGACUCCUACCGUCCUUCUUAA